AUGUUAACAAAUGAUAGUGUGUUCAUGUAUUUAUGUACAGCUACUAUAAAUGUUGAACUCAUAGAAGGAGUUUAUCAAAAUUUAAAAAACGGUGUUAUAGAAGAAACAUCUUAUCAAAAUAGUACAUUAGUUAACUUAAAGGAAAAAGAUUACGAAUUAUUCAGAAUUGGAUGUUGCCUGGAUAAUUAUCUUGUUAAUGCAUCAGUUACAGGUACAGAAAAGAAGAAUACUUGUGCUUCUUUGAACUAUUGGAUAAACAAAAAAAAAUCUACGUAUAUAGGGGAUUCAACAUUAUCUGGUAAGGUAACCUUAUGGGAUGAAUUAGAAAAAUUAUGGUAUGAAUUGCAAAAGUCGAGUGGUGAGGAUACCAUAUGGUGCCAGAGGGAUCUUAAUUUAUACGAAUAUUCCUAUACAUCAAGAAUAGUGUCUGUGUCAUCUUUACAAUCAUUAAGUGACAUCAUCAUUCCUGUUUUAUUUCCAGUUAUAAUAACGUUUAUUGUAUUUUUGAUUAUAUUUAACUUUACUAAAAUUAAAAGAUCUUUUAAUAAAAACUUAAGUAAAAGGACAUUAAUAAGGAAGGAUAUACAAGGCACAUAUCCCUUAGGACCUAGUGGAGAAGACAUCACUUUAGAUUUAAAAAAAAAAAGAAUUAAUAUAGUUUAUGCAUCAAAAAAAAAUUCUUAA